UUCAUUUCAGUUCAGUUCACGUUUGAACAGCUACGCGUUCGGUUCUCCACGAAGCCCCAGCGCAAAAAUAAAAAGUUAACGACCUACCUCCGACAGCUCCGAACCAAAUUCAAAUCGAUAAACCAACGCACCAAAACCCAGCCAGACAAACACUAAUCAUCAUGAUCAGAGCGAAAGAUUCGACGGGGUUGCUGUUAAUUUUUCUACUAAUUGGACCACUAUGCGUGUGUUGUCAGGAAGAGGAAGGUUAUCAGGACGAUGAUUACGAAUAUGGUGACGACGGUAGUGAUGACAGCCAAAUUAUCGAUGUAACAAAAGAGAAAGCUGAUCAAAUAGCGCCGCCAUACUUUGAAGAAUCUGAUCUGAGGAUCGAGGCCAAGCCGGGAGAUAAUGUAGUACUCAAUUGUGAUGCACGGAACUUUCAGAUCAGCAAUGCGGUAAUGUGGUACAAAAGCCGGACAAUCAUUGCCAAUGGCCAGAACCCCAUUAGCCAGCGCGUGGAGGCCAUGAUGAACAACUCGAUUCUCCUGAAGAAUGUGACGCCGGAGGAUGCGGAUGAUUACUAUUGCGAAAUACUGCCCCAGAGGGUUCGACAGCACACGGCACUGCGGGUGGGCGCCCGGCUGUCGAUCCUCUGCGACGAUCGCGAUAUUACGGAUCGAUCGCAGACGUUCAGGCAGGGCGACCACCACAAGCUCGAGUGUCGAACGUAUCUACCUGGCAGUACGAUUAUCAAGUGGUCCUUUAAUGAUCUUAAUGGAAAGCCAUCGCCCGUCGAGAACCAGAAUGGUGUGAUCAUUUUGGACAACGUAGAUGAGAAGAAUGCCGGAGACUACCAGUGUUUGGCCGACGAUGGCAGUCGCCAUCCUCCUCAUGGCACCGUUCACAUCGAUGUUCAGUACAGUCCCAUUGUCUCCACCCAUCGCCAUCAUGUGAACACGGAAAGGGGCGCCUCCGCCGAGCUGUAUUGCAAUUACCGGGCCAAACCCAUUGGCAGGAGCUACUUCAUCAAGGACGGCAAGACCCUGCAGCUCUCCGACAAGUACUCCAUCAAGGAUUCGGUGCACAAUGGGCACAAUCGCACUACCCUGAUCGUCCGGGAAGUGACGGACAGCGAUCUGGGCGAGUAUCUGUGCCAAGUGGAGAAUGCCAUUGGGUCCAACGAGGUGAAGGUCCAUGUCAGCUACGUUCCGGAGACACCGCAGUUCGAGGACAUGUCCGUGGAAGGCAACCAGGUCACACUGCACUGGCUGGUCAGGAGUCGGCAGCCCCUCUCCGAGGCCAUGCUGGAUUACCAAGUAACUGGGUCCCUUCAUUGGAGCACUGUUUCAGUGCUGCAGACGCAUCGCCACAAUAGCACGGAGAACAUCUGGAAGAUCACUCACCAGCUGGAGUUGCAACGUGGAGUGUGGCAUGCUCGCGUGAAGACGAAGAACACCCAUGGAUGGUCCCACUUUUCGAACGAUUACGUCUUCGAAAUCCGGGAGGGUUCCGAAAUCGAGAUUGACGAAGAAGCCGACAAACCGGAACUGCCUCCAGAUGAGAUCGUGCAGGCCGGAAUCGGUCUGGUGCCCCGAGGAGCUGCGUCAGCACUCCAGCAGCUGAACCUGGGGGCAAUCCUGCUGGUUGCUAUCCUGCUGCGAAUCCGCCUCUAAAGGGGUGCCAUUUAUUCAGACCGAGAUGUGUACAUACGUAUUUCCGGAUUACUCAGCUAUCGAUGGCAUCGGAGCGAUAGCGAACGCACAUAGGAAACCGAAACUAAAGUAUUCUAAACUAUACAAAUGCUAAUGCGCGACCGCUAGCUUGGGUCAAUGUUAAUGUUAAUGCUAAAGUACACGCUGGAGCGAUCACCACUGAAACAUUUGUGCCAAGUAAGGGAAUUUGAAGAAUCAUGUUUAACGUUAAUUUAGUUUAGUUAAAGUUAAAGGAGCGACGAUCGGUCUAAAACCGCGAGAAAGGAACACUUUGAUUAACCUUAGCUGUAAUAUUUAUUUGUUUUGUCUGUAUGCAUGUGAGUUUUGGCACUUUUGGAGGAGGAACCCGAACCGAGAACGAAUAGAAAAGGAGUCCAUCGCUCAGGGGAGAAUUUCAUACUGGGUUUAUGGGCUUAUUCCCCAAGCGAUGGCAUAGUGUAGCGAAUAUUGGGUAAAGUUCUAGAGACUUUUUAGGAUUUGCAAUACGUACAAUAUUUUUGUAUAACCAAGCGUACUUACGAACACAUAUAUGUAACUGAAUCAGAGGGGAAUCGGGAGGGAUCUAUCGAACGGCACGCAAAUUAUUUUAUAAACUAGACCAAAGCUUAGACAUACAUAUGUGUACCUACCACACCAUACAUAUGACACUUAUUUUUACGAAACUACGCCACAUCAACUGAAUGGAACAGAAAGAUUCAAAAUAUACAAAUCAAAAGAACGAACGCAUAUGUACCUAUGCCUAGGAGAUACUGAAGAAAACUAAGAGAGAGCCAUAUACAUAUAUAUUGAGUACUGUUGAUAAUCGGGUUUGGCUUUACUUUACGUCCUUGAUUCUGCUACAAUACCUGAGGGAUAUCGCCAUAACAUGCUGACCAUGUACUCUGUACGUACGUGUAAUCCAAUUGUGAGUGUAGGAAUAUAUUUUAUAUAUAUUUUAUUUAAGAAUCAUAACAUUAGAGCUGAUCAAUAAACGUGCCAAUCGAAGCAAUCAAGCGUAACUGAUUGCUCGCUAAAUCAAAUCAAAACGACACAAAAGUAAAGUUCCAUAAACAAUAUUUUGACGAGGACCUGAUUUCGAAUGCCGACCUUUAAGCAUAUACACAUAUACAGAAUCAUAUAUAUAUAAAGAGGAAUACUUAAAGCCAGUGUCUUACAUGAAUAUUGUAAUUUUCGUUGAGUCCAUGAUAAGUAAGCAAAUAAAACUAAACCGAACGGA